AUGGAAGACACCAGUCUGCGGGAGACUGCUUUUGUUGUUGACGAAGUGAGCAACACUGUAAAAGGGGCCAUAGAAAGUGCAAUUGGUGGCAACACCUACCAGCACAGCAAAGAUAAUCAGUGGACCACAAAUGUAGUAGAACAGACUUUAAGCCAACUCACCAACCUGGGAAAACCAUUUAAAUACAUCGUGACCUGUGUAAUUAUGCAGAAGAAUGGAGCAGGAUUACACAGGGCAAGUUCUUGCUUCUGGGACAGCUCUACUGACGGGAGCUGCACCGUGCGAUGGGAGGACAAGACCAUCGUCCGCGCCUUGGGACUGUCCAUCUGA